AUGUCCGAAGUUACGCCUGCUACAUCAAAUGAAAUCGUUGAGAUGUUACGAUCAAUCAUGCUUGCCACCUCCCAGCUCCUUUCACCCGCCGAACGCGAUAGGAUCACACCCGAGGAGUCAGCUCUCGCGCUCUCCAUAUUAAAGACAACAGCCGAUACCACGUGGAGAUGCGCGGAGACGGAGAGACUGAGGAUGGAAACACUAAAGCUAAAGGCUGAGACAGAGAAGGAGAUUGCCCAGAAGGAAAAACUGGUGGUGGAGGUUGAAAGGGUGAAUGCUGAGACAGCGAUUCUCCGACUACGCAUAUCUUAG